AUGUUAUCAUCUUUACCAUUAUUAUUUAUUAUUAGCAAUUUAUUCAUUAAUUUUAUUGUAGGACAAAAUGUUAAUAAUAGUAGAUCUAUAAUUUCAAAAGCAUGCGAAUGUUAUAAUCAAGGUAUUUGUGAUCCAUAUACAGGAUCAUGUAUUUGUCCAUCAGGUUAUCUUGGUCGACAAUGUGAACAAUUAGAAUCAACAACUUUAUGUAAUAAUGUCGUAUGCAAAAAUUCUGGUGCAUGCAAUAUAAUCUCACCAACUGAUUCAACUUGUUGGUGUUUGUUAGGUUUUCAUGGUGAAUAUUGUGAACGACAAAGAGCUGCUUCACGUUGUAAUGAAAUUCAAUGUCAAAAUGGUGCAAUGUGUUAUGAACAUUCACCUGCAAUGAGUGUUUUUGCUUAUUGUCUUUGUCCACCAGGAUUUACUGGAAGAUUUUGUGAGACAGAAUAUUUUCGUUGCUCACAAGUAGGUACUUUUGUUGAUCAAUAUCAAUGUGCUCAAGGUUCAUAUUUUCUUUGUGAUUAUACAAAUCGUCUUAUUGUUGGUACAUGUCCAAAAGGACUUCGAUUUAAUUUGAAUAAAAUGUCUUGUGAUCAUGCCAGUUCUGUUACAUGUCCUAAUAUUUAA